AUGUAUACCCUCCGCCUAGCCUCCUCAUUCUCCUUCCCGCCGGAUACCUACGUCCUCGACGUAGCGCACCUCCCCGGCGCCGGCGUAGCCUGCAUCACGUCCUCCCAGCACCUCGCGCUCCUUCGGCCCGAUUUGAGCGGCGAGGCGCGCCCCGCGCUGACCACAGCGCACGGGAACGUUACGGCUUUGAGGGUGGUGGAUAGCGGUGCGGCGACGGUGUGUACGGCGGGGGAGGAUGGGAGCGUUUCAGUUUGGGAUUUGAGGCGGGGGGAUGCGCAUGUUGCGAGGUUUCAAGGUGGGGACGUAAGAGCAAGCCCUUCCCAAAAGAGGCUAUACACCGAGGUUCACAGUGACGAUAUCACAGAACUCAACUUCCACCCCAAAAACCCAAAUAUUCUCCUCUCCGGCUCAACGGACGGUCUAGUGAACGUCUGCGACACGCGCAUCAGCGACGAGGAUGAGGUCGUCAUCCAGACCUUCAACCACGAUGCGUCGAUCCACCAUGCGGGCUUCUUAAACGACACCGACGUCUUUGCCCUUUCCCAUGAUGAGCGGUUCGCCAUUUACUCCAUGGCCGAGGAGCAGGAGAAGGGCGUUGCGAUCGCCGACUUUGGGGAUGUGAGGGAGAAGCUGGGAUGCCAGUACGUGGCGAAUGUGACGCCCAAGUUGGAUGGAAGCGGUGCGAUAUUAGGCGCAGGAGCUCAAGACCAACACCUAUUCAGUCUAAUCCACCUCUCCAAGAACGGGGAGUCGUGGGAGCUCAACUCCAACGCCCGUGUAAACCUACCCGAGUCUCACGGCGAGGAGAUCGUCCGCGGGUUCUGCUUCUUCGACGAGGAGCAAGUGGUAUACACCUGCGGCGAGGACGGAAAGGUAAACGCCUGGCACCCAGGCAGCUGA